AUGGCUGAUCUCGAUUUCCAAACUGGGGACUCUGGGGCCUCCACAACAUUCCCAAUGCAGUGCUCUGCAUUGAGGAAGAACGGGCAUGUCUUGCUGAAAGGACGUCCCUGUAAGAUCGUCGAAAUGACUACCUCCAAGACUGGCAAGCACGGACAUGCAAAGGUUCACCUUACUGGACUUGACAUCUUUACCCAGAAGAAGUAUGAAGAUAUCUGCCCGUCUACUCAUAACAUGGAUGUCCCAAAUGUAACAAGGAAAGAAUAUGAGGUAAUUGGCCUCACAGAUGGUUACUUGUCCCUGAUGGAUGACAAUGGAGGAACCAGAGAGGACCUUAAGGUGCCAGAUGGUGACAUGGGAAAAGAAAUUGAGACUAAGUACAAAAAUGGAGAUAAUUUUAUGGUCUCUGUGACGAAAGCAUUAAAUGAAGAGCAAGUAACUGGCAUCAAGUCGUCUUCUUAAAUACAACAACUUAAGACAACUAUGGAGACCUCACACUCCUCUUCUCCAUUAUGGCUUUGAAGCCUCACCAAAGCUACUGGCCUUCACCACACAUUUCCACCAGUUUCUCUGCUGGUCAGCUGAAAUCCGGAAACUGAACUGGGUCAGCUUCUUCAACUGUACCUUGGGCUCAGGGCAGACUGGCAUUCUCUUCAAUCAAUGAAGUUCUCCACACUUCACAGCUUAACUUUGCAAUGGGUACUGAUAUUUUUCCAAGAAUUCCUAACAACAAUAUUCCAGCAAGUCAUAACAUUCUUUUUAGAGUAUAGGUGAUGUGCUUUUUCUGUUACUUUUUUAAAUCAUUCCUGUCCCUCCCCCUUUUUUUUUUUUUUUUUUUUUUUUUUUUUUAUUCUUGAUGAAAUAUGGAUCUCUUGGUCUGGAUGUAAAAGGCUUGUUUACCCUUGAGAUGCUGCACCUUGCCUUCAACUUAAAUUUCCCCUAAAUGAUUUAAUCUCCACUGGCUGACUGAACACCUCAAGUAUGUUCUGUACUUGAUACACGGUUCAGAGAACUGAAACACUUCAUUGGUCGCCAGAAUAUGCCUUUCUGCUUUUGACAAUUAAAACAUAUGCAUUUACACGCACUUAUAAUUGACAGUUGACUUGUAUACACAUGCCUUAGCAGCUAUGAGUUUAUGUAAACCGCAACAUUUUAUUUAAUCUGCAUUUCAACUAUCAUGGCAGGAUUUCUACUGCAUCUAGCCAGGUGUCAAUAAGAUCGGCCUUUCGUAGCAGGAAACUCUGCUGUCUCAGCCAUUCUGAAGCAGAACAGGCCUCGACAAGGGUAGUUGGGUGGGGCCAUUUUCUCUCCUAUGCUAUGAAACUCUCUUCACUUGAGGCCUUUAUGAGCUGACAAAUGUAUAGAAAAUUACUUUGAAAGAACAAAACACUGAAAACCUUUUAACAUUAUAGUCUUAAAACAAUUGUUUCUUAUAGCUUAAUUUCAACAAUACCGCUUUGUUCAAAAAUAUAUGUUGCAUCAUCACAAUGCUAAAUGUGUAAUAAUGACUUAUUGGCCUGCAAUAGUGGAAAUUAAACCAUUUAAAGUCUUAUCAGAUGUAGCCAAAUGUAGGUGGUAGUUCUGCUGUGGGUUGUCAAAGUCUUGUCAUGAGAGACGUUGGUGCUCAGAACAGAAUAGAUAGGUGUUACAGAUGAGCUAUAUUUUGUGUUCCGGGUGGCAAACUAGUUGUAGAAGGUAAAUUUGCGGGGUGGUAGGUUUGUUUGCAAUUAAAUGGGAUUUUUAAGUGUUUUGCGAGUUUGAACUCUAACGUGGAUUGUGGCUCACAGGGUUUUUUAUGAAAUUAUGCUGAAUGGUUAUUUGCUAUGUUUACAUCCACACAAAAAACUGUAAUUGGGAGACAUCUGGUAAUUGCAGGAAAUUAGAAUGCGUUUACAUGUAUUGCAUUAAUGUGGUUGCUGUAGAAUCUGCAUUUACAUGCAGGUAGUCAGUUUCCUCCCCUACCUCCUACCAUAAAAUUAAAACUGUAAAACUAUUUAAGUGUAUUUUCAAUAUAUUUGAAGCGCUGCAGUUUCUUUUUUUUGGUUUUUAUAUUUUUUCUGAUCCGAGCAGUUGGACAGAUCAUGCAGUGAGGAGGACAGACUAGUGAAGUAGCCAUCUUUUUUUUCAAGAGUGCAUGUUAAUGUUACAAAAAAAACCUGCUGUUCAACUGUGGAGAUGACUUAUAUAUAUAUUUUUUUUUAGUCUGACUUUGGAUUUUGGCUACAAGGUUGCACUACUGUGAGUUGUGAUCUUUUCACCUUCUGCAGUGUUGUCAUAGCAAUACUUUUCUAAUUUCAAGUUUUGGUCAUGAACCUGUGCUCUUGUAAAAACCCUGUUGCAUACUCAGUUAAGCGAAUGCAUGGUCAAGAAAUAGCAGAAAUCCCUCAAUCACUUACACCGGGGGAAGGAAAGGGUUUAUAUGUUGUUUAUGAUAUCAGAUUACUGCCAGUUGUUGGCAAUAAUCAGGUUACUUAAAUGCAUGUAAACAUGCUGAUUGUAAUAUGGACAUAUAUGGAAGGUAUUCUGUCCAGCUUUAAGUUGUCUUUUGUACAACUGCAGUUGGUCUGUUUCUGUUCUGAUUUCUUUCCACCUAAAGUAUUUUUUUACUUUUGUCAAAACACCAAAGUAAUCCACUGAAUGUAGUAUUGUGUAUUAAGUUUGCCACUAAUUUUUUGUUUUUUUUUGUUUACUUAUUCUCAUCAUUCCGUUCUUGUUCAAUUUGUGGUGAUGCUAGGAGCUCUGGCAUUUUACAACAUUGGCUUCCAGCUCUGGCUUCUUCCCCCUAGCCAUUUAGAUGUUCACAUAUGGUACAAAGCAGCACAACAAGGGCCAAAGGUGGAAGCCACAUGACUGUACUACUACACGUCACAUUGAGUAUUCAUUUCUUUUAAGCGGGAGGGAAAAGCAUUUGAUUUGCAUAUGAAGGUGCAGAAGGCAGCGGUAUAGUAGAAACAUUGUGGGAUAAGUGACAGUCUGUGGCAAAUAGGGGCACAUGCAAGACAAGUCCCUGCUUGCCUUCAUAAGCACAUAAAUCCUGUAACAACUUCAGCAUGCUGCACUUCAGCCUCAAUUUAUCAUUCUUUGGAGUGAUGAUCCCAAAGACUGUGUGUAAACUUAACCUGUCGUAUGCAAAUUGCAGGAAUCCAUGAUUUUUGGGAAAUCAAUAAAGCUGUACAAGUUAAACUAGUUUUACCAGUGAGCCAGAACACACAGUGCCAUUGUGUUCUGUCCUUUUAUUUUGAUUGCAAAAAUUUCCAUGGUGGAAGCCAGAUUUUGUUUCAAGUACACGGUUUUCCUUAAAUACACAGCUAGCUUUCCAAAAGCAUCCAAAUGCCAGUAUUCGAUCAGUUGUGCAACUUGAAUAGUUAUGAUAUGAGGUUUCUCCUUCAAUCUCCACAGCCCUAACCGAAGACUACAGUCUUCCUUAAGCCAUAUUUGUGCCCUGUUGCAUGUGUCCACAACCAAUGUCAGACGCAUGAAAAUUGACUCCUUACUUCCCCUCAGUUCCCUCCAAUUAUUAAGCUGCUCUGGCUUCUGAUAUGUAGUUCUAAUUACUGCCGUGCAUCUUGUCAAAGAUCCUCUACUUUUUUGAGACAGGUAAUAGGACUGACCUCUGAUUCCGUUGAGAAAAUGUUUACACUAUAAGGGGGUCCUGUCCUUGUUGGUUCUUCAUGCUGAUCUAGCAUCAGAAACUGUUGGGGAUACAUCUGCAAAAUGACUGAGGUCCGUGUCAUGAAGGCAGACUUUCUCAGGGCUCCAAAGAGAGUGUUAAGAGAUGUGUUACUUUAAAGGUGUCAGCAGUUAGGAUAAUAAAUGAGAUCAUAAUUGUUUUUAGUGUUCAUUCAUCUGUCUCACAAGUCUAUAUUAUUCUGAUGUUGGAGAAUGUUACAUUACCUAUUUGUCGUCUUUGGUGCCUCUCAUCAAAGACAUCUAGCUUCACAUUUUCUCUUUCUCUCAGUAUUUUAACUCUGCUACUUCAUUUUUCUCGCAAGAAACAGUUUAUCUGAAUGUUUAGACCACAGGUACAGUGUUUUGUGUUCAAACGGGGAAUGGGUGAAUUACUCAGUCUUGUGUGCUGUAUGUUCCUGUUGUAUGCUGGGGAAUGGGGUUUAAGGUAUUUCCCCAGCUUGGCACAGGUCUCUUUCUCCCUUUAAUGUCUGAUCUAAACAAUCAAGGGAAAUCUGACCUUGAGGAACAACAUAAAGAUACAUGGGCUCCUCUUCUGUAUUCUAACUAAUGUAUGGCUGCUGUCCUAAAAAUCACCACAUUCUGUUUGUUUUUAUUAGGCAAAAUAAAGUUCAUUCAGAUGUUACUGGCUGUAA